UGUGCUCACGAGUCGAUGUGAUUACGUGCUGCCUGCACUUCAAGUCAGCAAGCAAGGACCUUUAACAGCGACCUAGCUACACAGGCGAGCGAUUUGUAGAUUGUACCGACCCACAAUUCUUUGGCAGUUUAAGGACGCAACUUCCCUUUGUUACCUCGUAAUUUCUAAUCCUCCACGACUGCCUCCCCAAUGGGUAGCUGCGCUCGUAAGUGCUGAUCAGGCAAGGCUGCAACUUCAACUGCAUCACACGCGUGCCAACGCUGACCACCUCCAACCAUCGCUACAAGCCAUAUACUUACACGUGCACCUGCGCGGCGAUCGAUAGGCGGUACCAUUAACAGUUCUUUCGUUUUCCAUCAUCGUUAGCGUAUAUACGGUCACUCGCUCUGCAUGACUACAGCCAUCUACAUCGUCGCAUCCACCAGAAAGAGCCAUGGCUGCCGAACACGACCCAAACGAUGAUCUAUAUAGCUAUGACGGCUACGACAAGGCCACGUUUGGCUUUCUAAUUGAACCAGAUGUCCGACAGCCCAGGCAAGACUCAGGUGUAGAUAUCCAGAUGCCCGAGGCGAUACAUAACGAGGCGGUUGGAACACUCUUUGCAUCGCAAGCGGCAACGGAUAUCCCAUCGCAAGCAACCACGCAUAUUGCACCACGCCAGACGAUCAAUGCGGAGACCCAGACACAACACGGGUCGGAGUCCUCAGUCUUUGCAUGUUACGAUGCUAUAGCGGAGACAAAAAGAGGAGAUACCCAUCAUACCAUCUUUGAAUUGCGACGAUGGCUUGGAAGAUUCAAGUUGCCUCAGGCGGCACGCGCCGAUGACAAAGGAGACUUCACUGUCGAGAAUGAGGCAUCACAUCACCUCUUUCGGCAACGUUCGCUAAGCGCUCAGGCAGCGAAACUUGCUGCAUCGGAAUUUCCGCUACAGCGCUUAGCUGACGAUUCCAUCGAUGGUAACGAGUCGGCAACUCACAAGCCUGAGGACGACGACGCAGGCCCAUCUAUCAUGGAUGAGCGCUUGAACCUGCUGUUGUCGAUUGCAUUGCCACAAUCGCCAAUUGAAAGAACGUGCGAAUGGGAUGAGAGGCAGCGCGCACGAGAAGAAUACGACUCCAUCGAACGGGCACAUGCAAUUCGUCUCGAAGCCGAUCAGCGUUCGGCCCAGACUCGAGAGAGGAACCUGGAGAUCUCCGAAAACAACUGGAAAGAAGCAGAAGUAGAUCGCAAACGCGCCGAAAGCAGUUGGCCGAAUGGCAGCCUAGAAGCCUCUGUGGUCCAGGAAUUGGAGCACGGCGACGAGCUUGCUUCGCAGAUGUCAAGUAUGAUCAACUAUAUGGACUCGGGACUAUACAUCAUCCCUCGAAUGUGGGAUUUCACAGAUCCUACCCGUCGAACGCGCCUUUACAGCAACACAUACUCCUUCCUCAGAUAUAUGAUGCGCGAAAGGAAGGUGGUCUAUCUGCUCGGAACCCGUUUCGAGGACUUGCAACAGGGCAGAUCUAACCAGCCAGAAGCGGCGAUUACAGAAGAGAUGAAGACUCUGGAGAACGCCAUGGAGGUCCGAUGCAAUGCUGAAGUGGACUAUUUCAACCUCUUGUGCGACUUCCUGAACUGGGCUAUAGCUCACACAACUCUCGAGUUCCGAGACAUGACUAACGGUGGUCCUGAGCCCACGAGGCCAAAUGCUCUGACGAACGACAUCCCGAUCUCGGUAGUGGAGGACAUGAUUGAGGUAGAGGCGGAGCUAAUGAAGCGGUAUGAACGACUGCGAGAUCUGGAACAAGCGUACUUCCCGAAGCGCUUCAUAGUCGAUCCCUUACCCUCAGAACCUCCGCCAACUCAGACGAAACCUCAAUAUACGCCUAGAGGGCGACAGAUCCCGGUGCGACAGCAGAUGCCUCCGCAAGAUGACUCGGCGGAUGAAUAUGAUCUUGGAGAUGAAGCUCAGUUUGGCGAAAGGUUAACGCGAACGCUGCCUCGACCCUUCAGACCGCAAAAUACUCCGCUGUUGAGGGUGAUGCGGUUUGAUCCCCAUCCAGUUCCAACUUUAGACAAGAAGAUGACAGGAGAGCCAACUUCACCGGUGAAGCCUCCUGAAACAGACUACUUACGCCCACCUAAACAGAAACGAAAGCUGCCGCUGCGUAUGUUAAAUUACCCGCACACAAUAGAAGAAUACACGCCCGAGUCACUGUCUCCAUUCAAACCGUGGAAUCUUACAACUGCACGUGUACGUCACAAAUCUCAAACCGGAAUUGGCGUCAGCGAGCGUACUUUGAGAAGAUCAACCCUCCAGAAACAAUUCGUGUCCUUGGACCGAGUCAAACGCGAACGAGCACUUCGAGAGCCAUGGACCCCAGACAACAUCGACAGAGUUAUAGAGUGCAAUUGGCGGGAAGAUCUCAGAUACAUGCAACGAUGCCGAUCCUUGGCGGAAUAUAACAGUCUGUUUUUAAGUCUUCAACGCUGCACUGCCACAUGCUAAUUUUCCAUACCAGCAAUCCGAAAGUAUUGGCGGGUGGUGCGCGAGCUCUCGUCUCGCGCCGGAACGUACUGGGUUGCACCCACUCAUAUCGGACGCAGUCAA